GAACGCGUCUCGGCGCCGUCCAGCAACGUGGGUUACAGCCGUUGAGCGUACGUGCGUCCUCCAACGGAGAUAUCCUUUCUCUCUUCGUCGUCGACACGAUCGUUGUCGUCGGAGAACCCGCGAGUGAAACGAGUCAAUGACGAGUGAGACGCGAUAUCCGAGCAGUUGCCGCGCGCUCGGACGAACAGUCGACGCCGUGAGAGCCUAGGACGAGACUGUGUGUGUGAGAGAGAGAUAAAUCGUGCGGGUGCCAACGUCGGACGUUCUAUGUCGUCGUUGUCGCCCUGUAACGACGGAAAUUCGCGGGCGAGCGGUUCCAGCCGGCCGGCGUCCUGAUGAGACAGAGAGCAUCGGCGUGAGAUAAAAAGGCCGUCGCUUGGUCUGCGGUGGUGCUGCUGGUGUUUGGUGGAUAGUAGUAGUAGUAGCGUUAGUAGUAGUAGUGGGCCUCCCUCCGGUGGUGUAUAGUAAUAGUGGCACGCGCGUGAACACUCGACUCGACGUCUGUGCGCCGUGGAAAAAUGCGGUGAACCGCCGCCCACCCCCCUACUACCGCCCGCGCUGUCUCGCCGCGCGCUACGAGGCAUUCCUCAAGCAGCUCGCCCAUUCAGGGCGGACCUAACCACAUUCAGAGUCUGAAUAGCGACACAGGUGCGUACCCACAGGAACGUCCCACGGAGGGAUGUUUGAUGUGUCCGAGCAGUAGCGACCGACGCACGUGGCACGCUGCAACGGUGGUGUUAAGUGUGCAGUGAUCACGGGUGACCGAGGGAAGACGGGAGAGAAGGUGGUCAAUAUGACUCCUAUCUUCCUCGUCCUGUUGCUGGCGAUUGACCCGAUUAUCGCGCAGAAUAGUGGUCCACCAACGAUCCUGGUGAGGCCACAGUCGCAGCAGGUGAAGGCGGGCGGAAUAGCGAGCUUCUACUGCACUGCGGAAGGCGCGCCGCCGCCCCAGAUACACUGGCGGAAGAACGGCAAGAAAAUUUCACAAUCCCAAUCCCGGUAUGUGGUGCACCCGUAUGAAAAUGGUGCUUUACUGCGGAUCGAACCUGUCAAGCCGCAACGCGACAAUACCAACUACGAGUGCCUAGCUGAGAACGGAGUCGGCGACGCGGUUUCGGCCGAGGCGACACUCACCGGUUACGAAGUGGAGAAUUUACCGACGGGUUUCCCGAUGAUCACUCAGGCGCCCACGACGAAGGUGGUCGAAAUGGGUCACAACGCGGUCCUCCUUUGCACGGCGGUCGGAUCACCGGUACCCAUCAUCUCUUGGGUGCGAGAUAUGCUGCCUAUCGAUACGUCGAAUCCACGAUACACGGUCAUGGAUACCGGUGCCUUGCAGAUUACCGAAUCCGACGUAACCGAUCAAGGAAAGUAUGAAUGCGUCGCUAAUAACACCGUGGGCACGGAGUACUCCAAGUCGAUUACGUUAUACGUUAAACAACGCCGUGUUUCACCGACCUUCUCGAUUCCUCCACCGCCGCUAAGCGAGGUGAUGCUUGGCGCAUCGCUGAAUCUUACUUGCGUCGCGGUGGGCGCGCCGAUGCCCUUCGUCAAGUGGAGAAAAGACCCCGCGACCGAUCUAACACCGGACGACAACCUGCCGGUCGGCAAAAACGUCCUGACGCUGACCGACAUCCAAGAGUCGGCGAAUUACACGUGCACAGCCGCCAGCGAUCUCGGCAUAAUCGACGCUACCACGAUGGUGAAGGUUCAAUCUCUUCCCGGGCCGCCGGAGAACGUUCAAGUGUCGGACAUCACGGCGACGUCGGUGAAGCUGAGCUGGUCGUACAAAGGACCGGAUGAGCUGCAGUACUACGUAAUUCAGCAUAAACCGAAGCACGUGAACCAGGCAUUCGCCGAGAUAUCCGGUAUCACGACGAUGUAUUACCAUGUUAGGAGUCUCAGCCCGUACACGGAGUACGAGCUCUAUGUGAUAGCCGUGAACAGCAUCGGGCGUGGUCCCCCAAGUGCCCCGGUGAUAGUCACCACUGGUGAAACAACGGAAUCGACGAAUGGAGGUGCCAAACCCGGUACAGCGCCGCGGAAAGUUCAGGUACGGCCACUGAGUUCCAGCACGAUGGUCAUACAGUGGGACGAACCGGAAACUCCGAAUGGUCAAGUGACGGGAUACAAAGUGUACUACACGACGGACUCGAAUCAGCAAAUGGCGUCGUGGCAGUAUCAAAUGGUGGAUAACAGCCAGCUGACGACGAUCUCGGAGCUGACGCCGCACACGAUCUACACCAUAAGAGUCCAGGCGCUCACGAGCGUCGGUCCCGGACCGCUCAGUCUACCGGUGCAAAUCAAAACGCAGCAAGGGGUGCCGAGCCAGCCCGAAAUGCUAACGGCGGUCGACAUCGGGGAGACCAAAGUAACGCUCCAAUGGAGCAAACCCGCUCAUAGCGCUGAGAACAUUCUCAGCUAUGAGCUGUAUUGGAACGACACUUACGCGAAGGAGAAGCACCAUCGCAGGAUACCGGUUACCGAAAACUACACUCUGGCCGGCUUGUAUCCGAACACCUUGUACUACGUGUGGCUGGCCGCGAGGAGUCAAAGAGGAGAGGGCGCGACGACGAUACCGUAUCCGGUCCGCACCAAACAGUACGUCCCCGGGGCUCCGCCUCGCAAUGUAACCGGACAAGCGAUCAGCCCAACAUCCAUAUUGGUAACGUGGGAGCCGCCGAUCGCUGAACGCGCCAACGGGAGGAUCGCCUACUACAGGCUGCAAGUCGUCGAGAGCGGUCGCUCCGACUCCGAGGCGAAGAUUAUCAAACUGAAUGACACGCGUUUCGUGUUGGACGAGCUCAAAAAGUGGACCGAGUAUCGGAUCUGGGUACUGGCCGGGACCAGAGUAGGUGACGGGCCCCCGAGUUAUCCUAUCUCGGUCAGAACUCACGAGGACGUGCCGGGGGAUCCUCAGGACGUCACAGCCACUGCCAUCAACUCGACAGCGAUACGGGUCAAGUGGAAGCCGCCGAAAGCGAAAGAUCAGAACGGCGUUAUACGCGGCUACCACAUACACGUGCAGGAAGUGAGGGAGGAGGGGAAAGACCUGCUGAAUGAGCCGAUACGUCGAGACGUGCACGAGGACGGCGUGCUCGAGGUGAAUAUCACCGGAUUGCAACCCGACACGAGAUACUCGGUGCAGGUAGCAGCUCUGACGAGAAAAGGAGACGGGGAUCGUUCGGCACCGGUUCAUAUCAAGACACCGGGCGGCGUGCCGAACAGACCGCAGGUCAACGUGAAAGUCCUUACCAGAGGUCCCGACGUUUUAGAGCUCGAGUGGGCAACACCUACUCAAACGUACGGUAAUCUGCUGGGAUACCGUAUCCGCUACGGUAUAAAGAACCAGACACUAAAAGAGGAAUUCAUCGAUAACGUAAAUCAGCAUACGUACAAGAUCACAGAUCUUGGCGAACAAGGCGUGGACUACGAGUUCAGAGUGGCGGGCAAAAACAACAUCGGCUACGGGCAGGAGACUGUGCGAUACUGGUUCAGCCCGGAGGGCGAGCCGACCGGACCACCGACGAAUCUGUCGUACUUCUUCCAAACUCUCGACACCGUGUGCGUCACCUGGGACAAACCGCAACGACAGCACAGGAACGGACAGAUAAUCAGCUACGAUGUGCAAUUCAACAAGAAGAACGAUCACUCCACCACCAUCGACAGGAACAUGACCAAGACCAGGGCGGUGUUUAUGAAUCUCGAGGAGAAUACGGAAUAUGUGUUUCACGUACGAGCGCACACGUCGAAGGGUAGCGGUCCAUAUUCCGAGAAGAUUACGAUAAUAACGGAGAAGGACAUCGGCAGGGCGCCCAUGUCCGUGAGGGCCGUGGCGACGUCGGACUCGAGCGUGGAGGUGUGGUGGGAGCCGGUGCCUAAUCGAGGGAAGAUCGUCGGCUACCAGAUCUUCUACACGACGACCGCCGUGGAGGACCUGGACGAGUGGAAACAGAAGAGCGUCGGUCUGACGGAAUCGGCGGACCUGAUCAAUCUGGAAAAGUUCACUCAGUACGCGAUAACGGUGGCGGCACGCUACAAGACUGGCCUGGGUAGACUCAGCGAGAAGGUCACGGUGAAGGUGAAACCGGAGGACGUGCCGUUGAACCUCAGAGCACCGGACUCGUCCACGCACUCGAUGACGCUCUCUUGGACGCCGCCCAUCAGACUGACUCCGAUGAAGUACAAGGUGUCGUUCGACGCGGUGAAGGAGUUCGUCGACUCGCAGGGUAUCACGCAGACGCAGAUCGUACCGCGUCGGCAGAUCCUUCUGGAUCCUCAAGUAACGAGCACGACGAUAAACGAGUUACAGCCGUUCACGACUUACAACGUCAACGUGAGCGCCGUACCGCGCGACUCUCAAUACAGACCGCCGGCUAAGAUCACUGUUACUACGCAAAUGGCCGCGCCUAAGCCGAUGGUAAAGCCGGACUUUUACGGCGUGGUGAACGGCGAGGAGAUACAGGUGAUUCUGCCGCAGGCCUCUGAGGAAUACGGGCCGAUCUCGCACUACUACUUGAUCGUCGUGCCCGAGGACAAGAGCACAGCCGACAAGCAGCCGGACGAAUUGACCGAAGACAUGAUCACGGGAAAAGGUGCGAAGCAAGAGAGGGAGAACGCGCCUUAUAUCGCGGCCAAGUUUCCGCACCGGGAUAUUCCUUACACGUUCCAUUUGGGCAGCGGAGAUAUCUACGAGGGAUACGAGAACCGGAAACUCGUCAAGAACAAACGGUACAGGAUAUUCGUACGGGCUGUAGUCGACACUCCGCGAAAGCACCUGUACACGUCGUCACCAUUUUCCGAGUACUUGUCUCUGGACAUGAGGGAAGUGCCUCCCGGCGAGCCGCCGCGUCGACCGAAUCCCAACACACCCCCGGAUGGAAAUCCAGAGGUGUCCGUGAAAACUAGCGGUCAAGAGCCGGGCAUGCUGUGGGUGGUUGGUCCCAUAAUAGCGGCACUAAUGGUCAGCGUCUGCUUUGUGCUGUUAUUCGUCAUCAAAAAACGGAGGCAACCUUGCAAAGCGCCGGAUCAGGCGGCUGUCACGCGGCCGCUCAUGGCGGCGGAUAUCAGCUCGAAUCACGCGCCGUCCGAUCCGGUGGAGAUGCGCCGAUUAAACUUCCAAACCCCCGGCAUGAUCUCGCAUCCACCGAUACCUAUCAGCGAAUUGGGCAAUCACAUCGAACGCUUAAAGGCGAACGACAAUCUAAAGUUCAGUCAAGAGUACGAGUCGAUAGAGCCGGGCCAGCAAUUCACGUGGGACCACUCCAAUAUGGAAGUGAACGCGUCGAAGAACCGCUACGCCAACGUAAUCGCGUACGACCACUCGCGGGUCAUCCUUCAGACCGUCGACGGCAUGCCCGGCUCGGACUACAUCAACGCGAAUUACUGCGACGGUUACAGGAAGCAGAACGCGUACGUGGCGACGCAGGGCCCGUUGCAGGAGACGUUCGGGGACUUUUGGCGCAUGUGUUGGGAAUUGCGCACCAGCACGAUCGUGAUGAUGACCAAGCUGGAGGAGAGAACGAGGAUAAAGUGCGACCAGUACUGGCCUACCCGGGGCUCCGAGACGUACGGUCAAAUGACGGUGACUAUCAGCGACGUGCAGGAACUCGCGACCUACUGCAUCCGCACGUUCCAAGUGUGCCGAGCGGGCUACUCGGAGCGGCGGGAGAUCAAGCAGCUGCAGUUCACCGCCUGGCCGGACCACGGCGUGCCGGAGCACCCCGCGCCGUUCUUGCAGUUCUUGCGCAGAGUCCGGUCCCUCAACGUGCCCGACAGCGGACCGCUGGUGGUGCACUGCAGCGCCGGUGUGGGAAGGACCGGCUGCUUCAUCGUGAUAGACUCGAUGCUGGAGAGGAUCAAGCACGAGAAGAUGAUAGACAUUUACGGACACGUGACGUGCCUGCGCGCUCAGAGGAAUUACAUGGUGCAGACGGAGGACCAGUACAUCUUCAUACACGACGCCCUGCUGGAGGCGGUGAUCUGCGGCAACACCGAGGUACCGGCGAGGAAUCUGCACUCUCACAUCCAGAAGCUCAUGCAACCGGAGAUCGACAACAUCACCGGAAUGGAGCUGGAGUUCAAGAAGCUCUCCAACAUCAAGGCCGACUCGACCAGAUUUAUAUCCGCGAAUCUGCCGUGCAACAAGCACAAGAAUCGUCUGGUCCACAUUUUGCCUUACGAGUGCACCAGGGUGUGCCUGCAGCCGCAGCGUAACAUCGAGGGAUCCGAUUACAUAAACGCCAGUCUGAUCGACGGCUAUCGCUAUCGCGGAGCUUACAUAGCGACACAGGGUCCUCUGUGCGACACCACCGACGACUUCUGGCGCAUGCUGUGGGAGCACAAUUCCACGAUCGUCGUGAUGCUGACGAAACUGAAGGAGAUGGGCAGGGAGAAGUGCCACCAGUACUGGCCGUCCGACCGAUCCAUCCGUUACCAGUGCUUCGUCGUUGAUCCGAUCGCGGAGUACAACAUGCCGCAGUACAUACUGCGCGAAUUCAAGGUGACGGACGCGCGCGACGGCGCGAGCCGCACGGUUCGGCAGUUCCAGUUCAUCGACUGGCCGGAACAGGGUGUCCCCAAGUCGGGCGACGGUUUCAUCGACUUUAUAGGUCAGGUGCACAAGACGAAGGAGCAGUUCGGCCAAGACGGACCGAUCACCGUGCACUGCAGCGCGGGUGUCGGCAGGACGGGUGUCUUCAUUACGCUCAGCAUCGUGUUGGAGCGAAUGCAGUACGAGGGUGUCGUCGACAUUUUCCAGACCGUGAGAAUAUUGCGCACCCAACGCCCGGCUAUGGUGCAGACCGAGGAUCAAUAUCAGUUCUGCUAUCGAUCUAGCUUGGAGUAUUUAGGCUCCUUCGAUCACUACGCCAACUGACAAGCCGACUCUCGCGAGCAGAGGGAUCUGUCGAGGGACAAGCGGCAACGGGGCGAUAUCGAGAGGGCAAAAGUACGACGUGUCUAGUACAAUAAAGUCGUGUGACACGUACCUUCCAAGGACAGUAGUAGCGACGCGAUUGCUAGGCAGUUCGACAUAGAAACGAUUUAGUCAAUGGUGUUGCAAUGGUUGCAAGAUUCCCCGCCACGGAAAUUUUCACUCUUGACGACGCGCAGCACAGCGGCCGAAUCGAACCGUUUAGAGAUUAGAUUCCGAAAGUUCCCUCGCGCAGUGCGCGAGUCAAAACUGCCGCUUAGAGAUACGCGCGUGGUUGUACGAACAGUUCUUUCUUUACACUCGCGUCGAAAACCCUUCCCAUUUCCAGACGUUCUCUCUCACGUUCGGUCAACGAUACGACGACGUAAUCAAAAUUGUGAGACGGCACUUCGUCACGCUUACGACUCAUCACACUUUGCGAUUUAGUGAAUUGGAACACAUAUCGUCGAAUCGAUCAUACGCAAAAGAAUACAAACAAGAACACACUUUUUAAUCUCUAGAUAAUCUAUACAUAUAUAUAUAUAAGAUAGACUGAAAAUAUUACGACCAUAUCUCUCCCGCUCGAAAUAGCGCGUUACGUAUUUUUUCGUGCAUCGGUACCUCUUACAAACUGAGACAGCGAAGAUCAAACCUUUCCUGUUUAUUGAAGAUAAGAGUGCUUCCUUCAGUAGCGAUCGCGUAGAGGAACGAAAGAGUAUUGAUGUCCGAAGUCCAUGUCUGUGAGAGGAAGACAGGGUACCGAAACGCACGAUUGACUGCGUGUAUGCGUGAAGCGCACAUCGUAACGGCGAGAAUUCGUCGUGCGUCGCACGUUUCACAAGUACUUACUGAUGUAGAAAAGAAAACAGAUCGAAAAGUCAACCCGGUGACUUCCCUCAGCCACUGAUAAGGAAGAAGAAGCAGGAGAAAGAGUGAGAGAGAGAGAGAGAGAGAGAGAGAUGAAAAUUUCCGCUCACAAGAGACAAGAAAAUUGCCAUACUGCCAAAUUGACAAUUAUUAAUGCUAUAUUCAUUAUGAACGGUAGGGAUCUUCUCAUUACCUAUUAUAAUGUUAGAUAGAUCUUAUAAGAAAAUUGUUUUAAGGUUAGAUUAAGCGACGCCACUAGGGAAAUGAAAUGAUGACGAAAAUGAAAUGAAAUCGAGUGAAAGAGGGAUGAAAGGAAACGGUGCCUAUAUUCAAUGAAAGGUGCGCAAGUGAAUUUGUGCACACUUCUAGAAAGAAAAAAAAAACAAGAGGAAACUAAUUUAAAUAGGAGCACUGUAUGUGUUGAAUUCGUGUACUGUUCUUCCGAGCCCUCGACACCCUUAUGUACAAAGUUCCAACGUAGCUUCUACCUCGAGUAUGCUAUGCCUUUCGAAUUCUGUAUAUCGAGAUAGACGAUAUGCCGCAAGUUCGAUUAUCUCCGAACUCAUCAGUUUGUGUCAUUUGCCUCAUCGAAUAUAUUUCAUGCCGAAACGUCAUUUAUAUCACAAAAUAUUCGCGUUCGUUAACGUUGGAUCGUCGACUCUUGUAGUGUAUGCACUUUUACGUUUUCAAAUACAAGCCAAAUCAAUGCCAAAACGCUCAUUGCAGGAUAUGUUAUCGUGAGAAGCAAUGGAUUUUCAAAUAUUUUUACGAUGUCAUCGGUGCUUCUAUAGAAUUCUGUAGAAUUGCAAUGAAAUACAAUGAAAUACAUUUUAUAACGGUAAUGAUGUCAGAUACAUCUCUAUCGUGUGAUUUUAAGUCGUAAACUUUUUUAACCUGCAAGGACAAUAAUCGUGCGCUCAUUCACAUCUUUUCUAUAUUGUUUGAAAACUGCAUCGUAUCUCCUUUACGCAAUUUAUGUCGUCGUUGACAUUACGGAAAAUACGGUAACGUACGACGCGUCACUUAAAUAGCGCUCGAGAAGUUUAGAACAAAUUUGUCCUACUUUUUGGCAUUUCCUUGGCUACAACGAUUUCGCGCGCGCACACAUAUCACGAAAUACAAAAUAUUGUUGAGACAUACCUGAAUAACGUCACAUUCCAAGAGCACUUUUACGAUUUCAUACGUUUUUCGUUUGUUCGAGUGUGCGUUGUUCCUUCUUGCAUUGAAUUCGAGUGGUUCGAGGGUCAGGAACUGUGACUAAAUGUACAUAAAAGCACCGUCUGUCAUUAGCAACAUUAUAUAUAAAUAUAUAAAUAUAUAUAUAUAAAAUGAUGAAUAAUAUAUACAUAGAUAUAUAAAUAUCGUAAAAAAAAAAAGAUGCGAGCGCGCAUAAAGACGUGCAAAUAUUAUGCAAAACAGUGGGUAUUUUCCAGAGAGAGUAUCGUAUUAAGUUUUAAAUGAGAAACGCGUUGUGUAAUCUACUCGUAAUUAAAUUCCUUCAACACCUUUUACUUACAACACCUUUUUACUAUUUUUUGAUAUUGUUUUUUUUAAUUGUGUUGUUUUAAUAAUGUUUUAUAAUCGUUUCCUCUCGUAUAGACUUACUUCUGUAGCAACGCCUUUACGUAAAAUAUUGCUUUCUGGACUGAACAUGUAAUUCCGGGGUUCCCCGGGGAAAAACGCUUAUUCGCUUUAUUAUCGCGAUAUUUCUUAUUUUUGUCUUCUGUUAACGAAACUGAGGGCCAUCGUGUAGCAUUUAUUAUUAUUUGCUAUCUUUUUUUGUGCUUGAGAGAGUACUUAAUUUAUUUCGUUACUAUUAAAAUGGUACACGUGUAAUCAGCAGUACCGGUGAUACCUGUGUGCGUCAAAUUUUUCACUGCCCAAUAAACCGUUUGUGACUAUGGCACUUUUUAUUAUUUUCUAGUGUAACAAUAAAUUAUUAAUUACUGCUACUACUUAUAACGGCAAUGAUAAUGUUAGUCGUAAACGUAAUUCUAUCAUUUGUCUUACGUCUUGAAUUUUAUUGUACUAAUAUUUUUAAUUCGCAUUCAAGGACACGUCUUAAGUUACCACGUUAGGUAUUUCUAGAACGUCGGCAGCGAAAUGCGACUUAUUACAACUCGUAUAAUGUUUGUUCGGCCUUCAGUGUAACCAUAAUUAUCUGUUUGCUUCAACGUGCAGCGUCUUAUACUUCGAGUUUUAUAAAAGUGUAUAUUUAUACAAUAUUUUUUAUACGAAAUUAUUUUUUUCUCUGAUUUGUAUAUUUGUUGCUUUAGUAAAAUUUACGUUCGAAAUUGUAGCAAGCGAAUCGAUUAGGUCGCAAUUACCAGCGAGGAAGGAUUUUGUAUCCUUUUUUGUUUUCUAAGUACGCAUAAUUUGAAAGACUGUAUAAUUGGUAAAGACUCAUAAAGUUGGCUCACACACUCCUCGAAAUGUAUCGCUAAUGAGACGUUACACACUGCGUACAACUGGAUGAUGUUUGUUAGCUCUCUUACAUUAUGAUACACGACUGAAUGCGCUAAACACGAAACUCAAAAACAAUACGUUAAAGGAGGCAUUUAGGGUAAGAAUGGGUGAUAUUUUAACGAUUAUAUAUGUUGUACAUCGGGAAGCUUCAUCUGUAAAUAAUACUGACUUAUUUCCAUUGUGAGAUCUUUUCGUCCGAUACGCGCGAUUCAUUAACUCAUUCAUAGUUUUACGAUAUAAACGACGUUUGAACCACUGCUUUUCGGCGAAAUAAUUCCUCUCGCUACAUGGAAAUAUUUCUCGACAAGGAGACCAUUAGCUUCUCCAUUGUAAAACAAACCUGUAUGAUUUUCACCAUACACAUUCUUACGGAAGAGAGAAAUUAAAGACUUGGCUAAAAAGUAACUUUCGAAACAUCAUUAUAGGUAUUUUCAUCUAUAAAGUUUUCUCAUUAUUAACGUGUUUCAUCCCUCAGCGAUAGCGAUGUGUAAAGACAAUUGAGUUCUAAUAGCGCGAAACCUUCGUGGAAAAUUGCUCGAUUUUCAAACCUUGAUGUAAUUAUUAACAACCUAUGUAUUUCGCCAACUUUCUUGAUGGCUUCGCGUUUCAGGUUCCAGGCUAAAAUACGUUACGCGAGAAACGAAAUUAUAAAUUAUUGUAUAAAUAUACUACUAGUUAUAAGUUGGUAUCGUUAAUCUAUACUCACUAAAAUUUAUCACUACAAGGAAGUCCACGAUAUUCGUACAUUUAUAUUAAUAACAUACUAAUAAUUGUAAUGUUACUAAGUUUUUUGUAUCAUUCCAGAACUUUCGUGUACGUUGUACUUUGGUAGCGUGUCCCUUGUUAGUCUUUAUAAUUUUUUAUGACGUGAAAUGUAUAGAGCAAUAUGUGGUUUGUUGUAUUCUUCUUCUUGAAAAAACGUACACAACUCGCGUCUUCGGAGCGGUUUUGAUAAUGUAAUGAAAUACAAUCGGCUACACGUUAGCUCCGUGCAAUAUAGCGAGUUCGUUACUGU